GAAUCACCGGAUAUCCGGAAGUGUUGCAUUGUGGGGUUCAUUUCGUUGAUAGCUUAACCGAGUGGGUGAAAUAAUGAAUUAGGAGCUUCGAAUGCUUAAAAAAAAUUCCGCCUCGGGCUUUAGCCGAACGCGCGCGGCGUCUGUUAGUUUAUCCAGGCAGCUUGAGAAUGAAUGAUCGGAGCUGAAUCAUGAUUAGAAACGUGCACAGGAACAGCAGCAGCAGCAGCUCUGAUGUGUGGAUGUGGAGAGUCAGCGUAAACUGAUCAACCGAAAGCGUUUUAGUGAUCUGCUAUAAGAAAGCCGACCACAUUAUUUGAAUCUCCAAACAAAGCCGUCGCUGUGGGUGUUUCAUCCUUAACAACCCACUGAAGUUCCUCGCCCUGUUUCGAUUCCCUUCAAAUUCUGAAGCGUCUCGGCAGCUCAUCCCUCAUGGCCUCUUCAUCGGGCAACGACGAUGAUCUGACGAUCCCGAGGGCGGCGAUCAAUAAAAUGAUUAAAGAAACGCUUCCCAAUGUGCGAGUAGCGAACGAUGCCAGAGAGCUGGUGGUGAACUGCUGCACGGAGUUCAUUCACCUCGUCUCAUCAGAGGCCAACGAGAUCUGCAAUAAGUCAGAGAAGAAGACUAUAUCCCCAGAACAUGUUAUAAACGCACUUGAAAGUCUAGGUUUUGGGUCAUAUAUCGCAGAAGUAAAAGACGUUCUGCAAGAGUGUAAAACUGUAGCACUUAAACGGAGAAAGGCCAGCUCUCGACUAGAGAACCUUGGCAUACCUGAGGAAGAACUUCUCCGUCAACAACAGGAAUUAUUUGCCAAGGCACGGCAGCAGCAGGCUGAGUUAGCACAGCAGGAGUGGUUACAGAUGCAGCAGGCUGCCCAGCAGGCACAGUUAGCGGCGGCUUCAGCCAGUUCCGCUCAGCAGGCCGGAUCUUCCCAGGAUGAAGAUGAAGAGGACGACAUGUGAAUCCCGGCAGGCUUUCAUCGAAGCACACAGAUAGAUUGACAAAUAUAUAUAUUUACAGACAUGUAUGGUCUCCCACACACACUCUGUCCUCUGUAACCUUAGCAGAGAGAGACCUCUGCAGUGUUUUCUUCUAUAUAAACUUUUAAAUCCCAGAUCACCAGUAUAAGUACAUACUGACGGUUUAGGAGCAAUCAUGGGUGCUCUCCUGUGAUUUGUUGCUAUGUUCGCCUCGAUUCACUUGUUAGCUAGUUAGCUCUUGAAAAUCCCUCUUUUCUUUCUCAUUUGUUCCUGAUUUAAUUGAAGGCAGUUGCCAUAAGUUUCACCGUAUGUGUGUGGGAAGGAUGUGACGUGGCUGUGGCGUGAGGUGCACCAUGUUAUUUGUCAUUGGUUAAAUUCAGGAGCCGGUGUUUUGAAUCGCUGAAUCCUGUUUUAGGCAAUUUGCGUGUUUCUCUUAUAUUUGUCUUUGUAAAAUAGCUUAAAGAGACACGUUUGGGGAACAUUUUUUGGAAAGUGAUUUUUACAGCCGUUCAUCCCCGCUUCUGUAUUUCUCUUUGUUCUGCUGAGCAAGUUCAGAGAUGUGAUUCGUAAUGUAGGAUGUUGCUUUUUGGUUCAUUUUAGUUCAAGGAUUAAGAUUAUCAUGUGUAGAUAGGCUUUUACCUGCCCUGUGUUAAGAACAGUAUUCCAAGGAAAAGAUUUACAUGUGCAGAAUAAUAUCUGUCUCAUAGUACCAAAGAUAGAAAAACUAUGAAAAAUCAGUCACCAGAUAGGCUUCGGAAAUCUGCUCAUGGUAUUUGCUCUCUGUAUGACGUGAGUGCUUCGGUGUAUAUCGCACUGAAGGCUCUGUAACUCUCACUUUGUACAAUGUUUUGAUAGCAGAUUUUUUUCCAGGUGCAAUGUGUAAAAGUGGAGUUGUGAAUGUUUGGUCAAUUCAUAUCUUGUGAUGACUGGUAAGGUGUAGUUGAGAAGCGUAUUCACAUGCCUUUGCGAAAGCUGUAAGCUGUAUUCUCUAAGCAAUAAAGUCAACCCGUUUUAUAGACA